AUGGGCGUUCCACGACGAGCUGACAGCUUCGGCAACUAUCCUAGUCGUGCACGAAUACUUAUGGACCUUACUACCGCCGAAUCUGCCUCCGUGCAGGGUAUUGCGUUUCGAAUCCUCAGGACAGCUAAUGAAUCCAAUUCUGCUGUCUUAGACGCGGCUUUGGACGACCCGCAUCGUUUCAUUGAGAACAUUAGAGAUAGCGUGAACCUCGCGUCUGCUGAGCAAGCUGCUCCCCAACCACAUUCUCGGUCUUCAGAUGGUGACCAGCCAACCGAAAGCAGCCGCACUGAAAUCCUUAUGCGGCUUUUGAGAUCUGAGCCUACGGACAUUCGCGACCUCGCCCACGUCGUUCUGCUUUCUGCACAUAACAGCUAUGGUCCCCAUUCUCGGGUUGAGAUGGCUUUAGACAACCCUGAGGAAUUCAUCCUGGAAAUGAGAACUUUGGCCCACUUUGAUGAACAUUCGGGUGAGGGGAGAGCUAACGAUGAUUUACUGCAGCCUAUGAGCCAGAGCCCAAUGGGCGAGCCGGGCGCGAGCCACGGGGCGGAUAUACCUGAAACUCCGCGAGAACUGGACCCAGAGAUCUUCAAUAGUCUUCCGGAGGAUAUACGGGCGGAAUUCCUUGUUUCGCGACCCUCGCAGUCCUCCCGGCCAUCGUCGACCACCAAUGAGGUCCCUGCGGCAGUUGAGACUCUCUCUUCAGGCGACACCGUGGAAGAGGUCUCUUGGGCCCGGAUCUCAGAAUGGUUGCAAUCAAGAACAGUCCAGAGCGAGAGCCUUCUUUUCAGCUCCCAUGUUCGCAUAUUGUCGGACGACGCUGCCUUCAAAACUCUUUGGCACUACAUGGGGACCCGGCCUGACAGCGCGUCCGAAGUGCAAAACGAAUCCGAGGACGUAAAAGUGACCAACAUCGAGGUCUCGAGAUAUUACUGA